AUGGACGUCUACUUUGAUGAGUGCCUUGAAGUCCGCAUCACCUAUAGGACCAACGGCGGUCUUCACAACAGUCGGCGCCUUAACGCGGCCAUCUGCGACUACAAUUCACGACCUGCUUUUCGCCGACGACUGAACACUCAACACCGAGACAGAAGCCGACUUGCAACAGAGCAUGGACGUCUUCGUCUCCGCUGCGCCAAACUCCUUGCUGACCACCAACACAGGCAAAACGCGGUAAUAUAUCAAUCGUCAUACAACGCUGCAUUCAGUGCUUCUCCCACCAACGACACUAGGCUGACAACCAUGAACAUUACAAGAAACAAGCAUGUAAACUCAAUCACUUCCAUCUCAGUUGUAUUCGCCGAAUAAUAAGUCUGAGACUGCAGGACAGGAUCCCGGGCACAGAAGUUCUGGAACGGACUGACAUGCUCAGCGCCCAUACCAUACUGACGCAAUCGCAACUGUGAUGAAGCUUUCACCUUGUGAGGAUGGACAAAAACGCCCAUAAAACAACUCUUCUGUGGAGAUUUCGCCACAGGUGCUCGUUGAUAAGGUGAUCAAACCCGUCGUUACAAGGAAUUCUUGAAGAAUUCCUUGAAGCAGUUACAGACCAACCCAAAAAACUUGCGAAGGCCUCGCACAGGACCGACUGGCUGAAGAAAAACAGUGAAGAAUGGAGCAGUCGUUUAUGAAGCCAAACGGAUCACAGCUGCCAUACCCAAAUGGAAAGCUUGGUAGUCUCCGGCGCUUCUCACCAGCAAAGCCCGCGCUGUUAACGAACAUUGCGCGCAGAUCGGCCUCGCCGGCCAUCUCCACACUCAAGAUACCAUACCGACAACCCCAACCGCUGUCUCUCUUACCGCCUCUGCUCCAACCCCCACUGUGGCCACUACAAUGAUCGUCCUCGGCAUCGAUGCUUAGCAUCUCCGUUCCCCGCCACCUUCUGUCGUCCUUCCGUGGAGACGACGGUGACCACCAAUACCCCCAGUCCCGCCAUCGAACAACCCCCCCCCCCCGACGGUCCAUCAUCACCAUUACCGCCUCCAGCGGCGGAGACUCGAUCAUAACCCGUCCCCAUUGCGAUUGCACACUCACCUCACGCAUAGACCGGAUCCGUCACUUGCGAAGCCAUCCCACUGACAACGCCGCAUAUCCGCCUUCACUGUCCACGCACACUUAAACACCUCAUGAGCCUAUUCGGUCAAAUGCGUAUCCACAGAAACGGAAUUCACCGCAAAAUCAACACAUGCGACGCAUCUUGUACAUCCACCCUCCCCCCAUCCCCACCCCUAUCGAUUCCCCACUUACCAGCACUUCAACACAAGCCAUGUGAACAAUGGGAAAAAUUGGGAAAUCAGCGGUGCUAUGAAAACCAAAAUCUCAUUGACAGAAUGGAAUUAGCAGGGAAGAUAGUUCGAGCAUAGGCGUGUAGGCCAUAUUACCGAAUGACAACCCUUGGAGUGACAAGGCGUCUCGUUACAGCAAAGUUACAAAGGCAAAUGGAAACAGAGAGUGGGGUCAACGAAUUAACAUACUUUCCUUACUAAAAACAAUCUGGUGCGCUCGAAGCUAUCACGGUGGGCUAAACGCCGUGGCUUUGAAGGUUGCCGACUGGCGGAAUAGCUCGGACAUCGCAGUUAGUCUAGUUUGGGUUGGUGCGGAGUGGCGGACUGUGAGUCAGGCUGUAAUAGCUCUUCUUAAAUGUGGUCCCUAUGGUAUUCUCACUCUGUAGGAUCUGACCCACACCUCUCUCCACUUGUUGUGUUCAAAAUCCUGGUCAUUGACCGUUGGAGACUAGAAGGGGUGUUGUGAUAUGCCUAGAGACGGUUUUUAUGCCGCGUCAGUCGCAUGCAUCCUCUUCCACUUUCGAUAUCCUUGACUUUUUCUUUGCACAGGGCCGAGGUUGGGGAGGAGGGAGUGCGGCAGACGCUGAGCAAGUCUGCUACUAUUCUAAACUAAUUCACGCGCAAGUCACCGUUCCUUUUCUAAACCUGCUAUGGAGCACGCGGUGGACGUCGCAGAAAUCGACGGUUGAACUGUUAUUUCUCACAUCCGGUGGUCCGAGAAAUAACUCCGACCUCCUUCCCCCUACAUCGAAAAUUCCAACGAACAGGAGCACCAAGGUAAAUGCGAGUCAUCUUUCCACUAGACGAAAGUUUUGACCUAUAGUCUAAUUCGGCAGCCGCCUGAAGUGAUUCAUCAGUCAUGUUUACGGGCAGCACUGCUUGCCUCCUCUAGGGCGAGGGGCGAAGCUAGAUACGGCGCCCUAGGAAUUUUUGGUAAAACACACCGCGACAAUAUGGUUAUGGCCUAUGGACAAAAAAUAUACGGCUGAAACAUUGCAAAAGACGACAACCAUUCACAUUAUCUACUCUGUGCCUCCUUAGAAGCUGUCAGAGUGACAUUACUCACUAUGGCAGUCACCAGUGUUCGUUCACUAUCGGACACGCAAGUGAUAAACGUUCUGGAAAAUAGGACGGCUCUGACGGCCCGCGAUGCUCUCCUGAACAGGACCAACUGGAGUGGGUGGGUGUCGGCUGCAUCUUCUUUUGGAAUGGACGUCCAAGAACAGAUCGGCGGUGUUGCCUUGGUCAUCAGGAAUGAUAUCGGAAGACGGCUGUGAUGCUUGCCAUCGGGCGUCCAUUUCCAUCCCAUAACAACGAGGCUGCCACUCCGAUGGAAUACAUUCAUCACCACCGUCAACUUUUAUGACCCUCAAUGACAAAUUCCAUUGACGUGAAGAACAAAGGCCUGCACGCCCUCCUUGCGACUGUGUAGCAGGUGGGCAAACUGACUGCUCUUGGGUACCUUAAUGCUCGCAUCAACAACUCCACUAUGACUGCAUACUUCCCAUGCCGACAACUAGUGCGGCAGAGGCUGAGAUAGAUGCAGAAUGACAAGCUGGUUCGUGAAACUCCAGAGAUCCAGGGCUAUGCUGACCGGGGAAAAAUGAAGGAUUUCUUUGCGGCUAACGAAGCGAUUCCUGGGCCAACAGUCAAGGGGACUGCGCCACUGCUUUGUAAGGGUGCAGCACCGCACCCAGCGAAGAGUUCACAGAUAUCGGAACGCUGAGCUGCGCGAUUUCUGGACAUCCUUAAUCACUCGUCUAUAAGCUGUGACAAAGCCAUCAACCGAUUUCAUCAAGAAGAUGUCAACGGCAACCUCGGUCAUCCGCCCUUUUUCCUUUAGACAAUCACAGCAGUGUACCAGCUCCUCCGCCGGAAAAACUCCAGGAGUGGACUCCAGAUCAUAGGGUUGCGUGUACUUAUCACAUUAGGGUCACCAAUCUCGUGACAGCUAAAGCCAUAGGGAGACCCUGGCCAAUACGAUCUUCCGGCAUGGCUCCGAAGAGAAAGAGAAGGAUGUUGUAUUCUGCACACAAAAAGGUUAGAGAACCCAAUGUGCACCUCACACACCAGCUUCCUCUGUCCACACUGCCCAAGGGCAUUCGGUUAUCACAGGAGCUAAUUCGGUCACUAGCGUUCUACAGAACCGUACCUCAGACCCCAUGAUUGCCCUUUGCACUGCCAACACAUACCCAUCCUGUGGCCACAAGUGAACUCCCUUCCAAACCAAAACCCGCAUCUCCUUACAAUCAAACCUCAUUCCGGCAGCCAGCACAUGAUCCGAUUCGCACAACGCCAUGAGUCAUAACAUGUCAAAGUCAUGCCAGUGGAAAACACAUUCUUAAGUACAUGCUGAUAGAUGACGUGAUCUUCAGGUCAUAUAUGGAACACACACAGACGGGCUUUCUACCUCUGUCGACCGCUGCGCUCAAUUUCAUCACCAACAGGACCGGACGGUCGACUGGUGCAUAGGCGAGGGAAGAGGGAGUGAGAUCGGCAACAGGGAUCCAUCGUCAGGGCGCGCCAGCGCAUUCCUCACGAGGUGAGGUGAGGAUCCGUCGGAGCCAUCCACCUGCGGCCUCUCUAAUCUCCGGUCUUCUUGACUCUGUCUUGACACCGGGCUCAGGUGGAGGAGGAGGAGGAGGAGGAGGAGAGAGUGUAGGUAGAUGCAGCGCAAGUCUACUGGCACUAUAAACCCCUGCGCAAGUCACCGUCCCUGCUCCCACCGUUGCUGCUGCAGCUGUGGGGCACACGGUGAACAUAGUUGAAAUCGACGAUCGAAUUGUCGUCGUCGUCUUCGUCGUGUGUAUGUGUGUGUCUGUGGGGUGUAGGGGUGUCAGCGGUGGGUCCACGUGAUGAUCGUAGUGGUCGCUCACUUGCUUGCAGGUGAGACUACGCCUAGCGUCCAUUUGCUGACACCUAACUCUCACCUGUGGCUCCACGUAGCUGGGCUCUGCUCAGCGGCCUCACCCCGGGCAACCGUCUCGACCGGUGGGCUAAACCAGGUGAGGGUAUCCGUGCGUGCACCUGCACGCGCGGUACUGUGGUCUGCGCUGGCCGGAUGGAUCUUCGCGUCGACAUCGUCGAGACGAGGCUCUGCCUGGACCAUCGCAGGAGGCCACCAGGUAAGUUCUUCUUCAGGUAAGUGCAUUUGCUUUGUUUCUUCCUUUUGUUUGUUGAAGUUCCGUGUCGUACGCUGCUCUUGCUGCCUGCCCUUUAUAUGCUAGUCUGUCUGUUAAUAGCUAUACGAAACCCUUGAUGCCUGCUGCGAUUGUCUGUCCGUCAGUCUAUGCCACUCUCUGCUAAUAGCUAGGUGUUACAGUGCUUGACUUUGAAUGGUGCCCUCUUUCACUUCUGUCUCUGACUGAUGACUGUGUCCGCUUGUUCACUCUAGUUCUAAGUCUCAUAGCGUUAGGUAGUGUGUAUGCUCUCUCCUACUUCACUCCAUAACAUCACCAUCACCACCAAGGCCCCAGGCUUAUUCGGGUCGUUCUCUCACUAACAAAAAUUCGUGGCAAAUAGUGGAGUCCGGCAGCCGUCUGGGAUAACCGGGCAGCCCUAUAUAGGGAUGCGUUGCCUACCCCCGCGAGGGGGAAGGGGCUAGAAAAGGUGUCCUAAAGAUCGCUGGGAACCACGCUGUCUGUAGGCUGGCCGUGGCCGCAGACAAAAAACACACGGUCGAAACAGCCAAAACCGAAACAACAACAACAAUCACUCUCUUCCUCCUCCAGCCUAUUCUUCUUCUUCUCCUACUCCUAGUAUUCGCCGCCGCAAUCGCCAGACUCGAAGGGUGAGCCCGCUCACUCUGGCAGCCUGGAAUGUUCGUUCCCUUUUAGACAAUCCGAGGAGCAACCGACCGGAACGGAGGACGUCGCUAGUGGCACGAGAACUGGCGCGCUACAAGGUGGACAUCGCCGCACUCAGCGAGACCCGAUUCUCUGAACAAGGCCAACUGGAGGAGGUGGGUGUCGGUUAUACCUUCUUCUGGAGUGGUCGAGCCAAGGCAGAGCGACGAGACGCGGGUGUCGCCUUCGCCAUCCGGAACGACAUCGUGGGACGACUGCCCUGUUUGCCGCAGGGCAUCAACGAUCGCCUGAUGAGCCUCCGUCUGCCUCUCCUCCGGGGUGGGGGCGAAUUCGCCACCAUCGUCAGCGCCUACGCUCCGCCGAUAAGCAGCCCCGACACCGUCGCAAGAGACAAAUUCUACGAGGACCUGCACGCCCUCUUGGCGACUGUGUCGAAGGCGGACAAGUUGAUUGUCCUUGGCGACUUCAACGCCCGCGUCGGCACAGACCAUACUGCCUGGAGAGGAGUGCUGGGACCCCACGGUAUCAACGGCUCAAACGACAAUGGUCUGCGGCUGUUUCGCACCUGCGCAGAACACCGCCUCAUCCUGACGAACACGUUCUUCUGUCUGCCGGAGCGAGAAAAGGCCACCUGGAGGCAUCCUCGGUCGAGUCAAUGGCACCUGCUGGACUAUGUCCUCGUCCGGAGGCGAGAUCAGCGGGACGUGCUGAUGACGAAGGCGAUCGCGGGAGCUGAUGGGUGGACCGACCAUCGCCUCGUCAUCUCGAAGAUGCGUAUUCGCCUACAGUCUCGCAGGAGACCAAAAGGUAAGCGACCCCCAGGUAAGCUGAAUGUUGCCUUAUUGUCUUUUCCCGCUCACCGUCUCCUUUUCAGCAAUGAGCUAGCUCAACGGCUAGACAACCUUCCAAUCGCUGCUGCCGCCGCCGACGACGCCGCCGCUGCCGAGAACGCCUCCGUGGAGAACCGCUGGUGUCAACUGCGAGACACGGUCCAGUCGACGGCGCUCGGCGUCCUCGGUCGCGCUCCCCGCCAACACCAGGUCUGGUUCGACGACAACGACGCCGCCAUCAGAAAUCUGCUUGUUGAGAAGAACCGCCUACGCAAAGCCUACGUAGAUCACCCCACUGAGGACAACAAAUCUGCUUUCUACCGUAGUCGCUGCCACCUCCAGCAGCGACUGCGCGAGAUGCAGGACGCCUGGACUGCUCGUAAAGCUGAGGAGAUCCAAGGCUACGCGGACCGCAACGAAUGGAAGAACUUCUUCUCCGCGAUCAAAGCUGUCUACGGUCCGCCGACGAAGGGCACUGCUCCUCUCCUCAGCGCCGAUGGCAGCACUCUCCUGACUCAGAAGACGCAAAUCCUACAGCGAUGA